GAGAUCGUGUCUCCAAGUCUAACAGUAGUGACGGACUUGUCGCAAAUCUAAACAUUUUCUCUUUCAACUCGUUGAGGAUGCGGAAUAUUUUUGCAAUUCAUUACAUUAUAUACAGAGACAGACAGAAAUACUUGUCCACACAGAAAAUACUUUAUUUUUUGCACCACAAAUAGGAUAAGAUUAUCCGGUCUGGAUUGACUGUGGAAAACACGGAUUCGACUGUUUCUUCAUUUUUGGGGCUGAAAUAUGGGUGAAUUAAUUACAUUUCAAUUUGGAAGACAUGGCAGUUGCAAAGGAUGCAUCUGAUGAGUGCCUAGUAUCUGUGAGGAUCCCGAUGGCUAAGUGAUGUUGGCCAUGCAGCAUUACAACGCCUCUCCAACUCCCCUCACCAACCAGACCCAUGGCACAGCCAAAGUGGCGGCAGUGGCGCAGAAUGUCACUGCCCAAAGGACCCCUACCGUUGCAGUCAUGUCCAUGACCCUGGGAAUUCUCUCCAACAUCUUGGCCCUUUUCAUCCUGGCCAAAGCCUACAAUCGCAUGCGCAGGCGUUCUAAAGCCACGUUCCUGCUAUUCGCCAGCUCCCUAGUGGCCACGGACUUAGCUGGACACAUCAUCUCGGGUGCUCUUGUGCUCCAACAUUACUCAAGCCUGAACUCGCACAACGACUCUGGGAGCGUGGACCCUUCCUGCCAGUUCCUUGGCGGCUGCAUGGUGUUCUUUGGCCUGUGCCCGCUCUUCAUGGGCAGUGCCAUGGCGGCUGAGCGCUUCCUGGGCGUGACCCGACCUCUGCUGCACGCCUCGUGGGUCAGCACGGCACGCACCAAGCUGGCACUUUCCUUCAUCUGGCUCAUGGCCCUGUUUGUGGCCCUGCUGCCGUCCUUCAACCUGGGCCGCUACAUCUACCAGCACCCCAAGACCUGGUGCUUCAUCAGCGUCCUAGAGGGGACGCGGGCCAGCGACGUGGCCUUCGUCCUUAUCUUCUCCGGACUUGGCAUGGCCUCUCUGGCCGUGGCGAUGGUGUGCAACACUAUCAGUGGGAUCACGCUGGUGCGUGCUAGGCUGCGCCGGAGGACUAAGUCGCGGCGCUCCACCAAGUCGCACGACAUCGAAAUGGUGGUGCAGCUCCUGGGAAUUAUGAUCACCUCGUGCAUCUGUUGGGUCCCCCUGCUGACAUUUGACCUGAUGUCAGUGAUACAAUCGUAUCGUGGCUUAAUGGACGACGACCAAAGCACUUACUACAAAGGACUUCUUCUGACAGGAGUGCGGCUAGCGUCCUGCAACCAGGUCCUAGACCCAUGGGUGUACAUCCUGCUGCGACGGGCAGUCCUGCGCAAAAUCUACUGCCUCACCACCUGCGGGAGGGUCAAUCUCCAGGGAAGUACUUUCCGGCACUGGGAGAUAAGCUCUCUGCAGGGCUCAGAGAAAAAAUCUGUCAAUCAGAUGUGAGCAUUGCACUGGGCAAGACUGAGGUGAAGCCGCGGUGCAAAAUCAUGAGUCAUGAUGGACAUUAGAUUUAAAAUGCCGCUACGAUAGGGAUCAACCUCUGCUUCUUUCAGGUGUAAAGGAGGUUAAGAGGGUUACUCAAAUGACUCGUUGUCCAUGACAGACCCACCAGGCUAGUCUGUUUUUAAUGUGAAUGUAUUUGCAAACUAUGCUAAGUUCAAGUCACAUCUGCCUUUGACAGUUGUGAUUGGCCAGUGAAAAAAAGAAAAUUGUAUGAUGUUGUGCUGGUAUGGAAGUAAAAGAAUAACGAGCAUCAGAUAUCCCCGAUACAUUAAUUGAUAAUAUGUUCAACAGCUGAGCAGAAAGAUGGUUGUUUGGGGAUGACUGAGGAUGUAACAUAUUGAAGCUUUCAAGUGCAACUACAUUGAACUCAGUGUUCCUAAAAGCCUUGCCUUCUGGCAUUUAAUUAAAUGAAUCUAAAAAGUUGCUUUGUAAAGCCCAUCUCAACAUUGUUAGCCUAUAACUCAGUACUUGACAGUGAUUGUUUUGCUAUAGUUGUUUCUUUUGUAUUAUUUUUGGCUUGGCAUGGCUGUGGGUGUUGUAACAGGGUGUAAAAGCAGUGAGUCAUGUGGGUAGCCACAGUAAAAAGUGAAGUAUUUUUGUUGUUGUUGUUGUUGUUUUGUGGAGAAAUGCUAUUGCUGUUUGGUGUAUUUAUUGUGUAACACUGUUUUCCCAGAUAUGUGGGAGGACUUGGAAUUAAGCUAUUCCGAUGUAAAAUAUAUUGAAUGUCAUAACAAUAAAA